AUGUUAACGACGGCCCGGGGCGGGAGAAUCGCGCGGGGGUGGGGGAAGAGAUCGUCGUCCACAUCAUCGGUGGUUCCCGGGGGAAUGGCAGAGAGCGCUGGCCAGUCGAGCGCCGGGGAGGUGCCAGCAGUCCGCGUCUCGUCAUCCACCCGGUGGCUAUGGCCGUCCGUCCUGCGCUGGAUCCCCACCUCCACCGAUCACAUCAUCGCCUCUGAGAAGCGCCUCCUCUCUCUCGUCAAGUAUGUUUUCCUCCUGUUAUUCGUCUCACAUGUUGCUGUUUUUUUUUUUCUAAAUUGCGUUUCUUUGGGGAACCGGAAGCCGUGAAAAUUCUGUUUGACCUCGGAGUUCAUUGCAUCUCUGGGGGGCCGGGGGGGUUGGGGCGGAGCGUGGCUUGCGUCCCCAAGAAAGCAACACAAUGAACGUUUUUCCUUGAUUAGUUUCUGAUGAUCUUAUAAAUUCCCCGAGGUUCCCAGGAGUACUCAACUGUUUAAAAUGAUGGAUGAUGUAAUGGAACGACAUCGUGGACUUCUAGGAUUGAUGAGCAUCUCUGGGGGGCGGGGGGGUUGGGGGGGAACGUAGCUUGCUUCCCAAAGAAAGCAACACAUGAACGUUUUUCCUUGAUUAGUUUGUGAUGAUCUUAUAAAUUCCCCGAGUUCCCCAGGAGUACUCAACUGAUUAGAACUAUUUGUGAUGUGAUCGGACGACAUCGUGGACUUCUACGAUUGAUUUUUCAUGUUGCGGUUGGUUGUUUGAUGAGCUCUUAGCAAUCCUCAACUGAGACAUAGAAAGCCAAACGAUUGGUCUUGCGGUGUUGUUUGUUCUCCAUUUAUUUGGUUUAGGUUUGACGUUUUUGAAAUUUUGGUGAUGUAUUCAUUCAAUGAAUCUGGACUCAUCGGUCUGAUAAACUUCAUCCUGAGCCCAUUUUCAAGCUUCUCCCAGAGAUGAAGUGGAGCUUCCAGCUGGAAGCCCAAGACUAUGGAGAGGAAUCGUAUUUCACGGUUGAUUAUUCAUGACCGACAAAAAACAAGCGAGUUGGUGAAAAUCAAACAUCAAAAGAGCUAGAUUUCAUGAUCACGUGCCUUUUAAAAUCUUCAUGCUUUUUUGUAUUAUCAUUGAUUCGUGGGUUAUUGGAAGUAUCUGUUGAAUAUGUAUUUUUGUUGGCUAGAAGAAAUCGAUCACGUUCCAGAACAAAACACUUUAUGAGCUACAAAAUUUUGGCUACAACAGUUUUACUUCUUGAAGAAACCCUGUGCUCAACAGGGCGAGGGAUGCCAGCAUUGCUAUGCUCGCUGAGCCAUUGACCAAAGAGUAAUUAUAAAAUUUAGUUUUAAUGUUUUUCAGGACUCCAUACGUUCAAGAGCAAGUGAAUAUUGGUUCAGGUCCACAGGGAUCGAAAGUGAGAUGGUUUCGCUCGUCCAGUAACGAGCCAAGGUUUAUUAACACGGUCACAUUCGACAGCAAAGGAGAGGCCCCCACCCUUGUCAUGGUUCAUGGCUAUGGUGCCUCUCAAGGCUUCUUUUUCCGUAAUUUUGAUGCUUUGGCUGGCCACUUCCAGGUUAUUGCCAUCGAUCAACUUGGGUCAGUCUCUCAUCCUUUAAUUUUUUAUUUCAAUCUAUAUUUUGCAUGUCUAAUAUGCUUAGAUGUAGAUUUCAUGCCGUCUUUAGAAUUAUAUGUUUUCUUUGCAAUUUCAAUGUUACAUUGUUUUUAAACGACAACGAGAGGAUAUAUGCCAAAGGAAUCCCUUGACGGGCAUGCAUUUAUUUUAACUUGUUAUUGAAAAAAAAAAAGUUCCUCGAAAGAUCUGUUCUUCCAUCAUGCGUGUGGCAUUAUGUGUUAGGCUUGCUUUAGGAGGUCGCCUUUUCCACAUUAUGACUUUAUUAACAACUUUCCAGUCUAGACGUAGUUGUUGUGUUCAUCUGCUAAUGAUCAUAUGUAUUCCUGUUUAGGAUUGGCCGCGAUAUGGUUGGUGGUGCUGUGAUUUCUUUGUCGAAAACGUACCUCAGUUCCUCGUGUCAUUUGGAUAAUAAAGCAUCAUGUUUCUAUAUGCAUUUACCAAAUUCCUCUUGAUUUCAUUUUGGACUUCAGAUUUUCUUCUGCAUUUGAAAGCAUUCCUUUUUUCCUUUUGGAACUCCCCCAAAUAUUCUUUACGACUUUGUUUUCAUUGCUGGACCAAGCCAUAUCAUGUUUACUUAUAGAAAAGUCUGAAUUGAGAAGACACCGAAUCAUAAAAAAUGCCUGAAGCUUGUUUUAGAUUUCUAUUGUCGGAACACUUUUGUAUAAUCAAUCCUUGGCGUCAUUCUUCAUGGCAUAUUUUCUAACAGCGGUUAUCCCCUGCUGCAGUUGGGGUGGAUCAAGUCGACCUGAUUUUACAUGUAAAAGCACAGAAGGUUCGUUAAGGUUUGGAGUUUUCUUUAUAAAUCGUCAUUUAUAUGCGUUCCAGCACUUACCGUUUUUACAUUAGAGAAGAAAUCGACCAUUCAGGCAUAAGUUUGUACGGGUCUCUUAUGAAGGAAAAUUUAAUCCAUGAAAGAAAUCAUUGGGUAAAGACCCACAAUUUCUGCAAAAAGAUAAAUCCUCCAACGUUGAAUUUAAUGGCCCACAGGAGCUGCUGCGUCUAUUUUUCCCAAUUUCCUUCCAUUGUCUCCCUUAUGGCCCAUUUGCAAAUGAAGCAAAGCGCAGAUCUUGCAGGUCAACUCUGUUACCAGAAGGCACCCGUGGGAUAACUCUGUUUCCUGUUAUCACUGUCCCUAGGGAGGAGGAAGCCAGUGCGGAUCUUAUAUCCGGCUGUAGGCUGACGACCCAAGCUUAUUAUUUUUCAUCUGUCUCUUUUUUCUAAACCUAUAAAUACCACGCAUUAAAUCUCCAAGGAGGGCGUCUUCCAGAGUUUUUUCCUUUUUCUUUCUACACCUUCCUCCUUUCCCUUCCCAUCUUCCUAUUUCAGAAGGUCAAGUCAAAUCCUUCGAGAUUUCUUAUUGCUUCUGAGUUGAAGCAGGAAGGCCGACUCUUUUGAAGCUUUUUACCUAAAUCUUGGUUCCAAAGUUGGCCGAUUAUCAGCGAUGGGCCUGAGUCCAACCUCCAACGAUGCAAGAACAAGCAUGAAAACCCGCUCAAUAUCCCAGGGAGUGUGCUCUUUUCUUCAUUUUUCCUUUUCCCCAUGUGGAAUUAUGCUCUCUUCUUUCUCUUCCUCCCUCGCUUUUCUAUCAGAACCACCUACAUUUGCUCCAUUUUAUUCUGUUAAAUCUGAAAUCUACGAAACGUUUGGGAUCCUGGGCUCUAUGGACUGUCAAGCUGACUCUAGUCCUUUUAUUAUGUUCUUCACCGUUUGCUUUUGCAGAAACGGAGGCCUGGUUCAUCGACUCCUUUGAGGAAUGGCGCAAGGCAAAAAACCUCAGCAAUUUUAUCUUAUUAGGACAUUCUUUCGGCGGCUAUGUCGCAGCUAAGUACGCCCUCAAGGUGAUCUUUCGCAAGCGUUUGACCUCAUACCCAUAGAUGAUAAACGUUUCCUCUCUCUCUCUCUCUCUAACUGACGAUGGUUUCCUCUGUAGCACCCCGAACACGUACGGCAGCUAGUUUUAGUAGGCCCAGCUGGAUUUUCCUCCGAGCAAGAGAAUAAAUCGGAGUGGUUGACAAGGUUUCGUGCCACGUGGCAGGGCGCCAUAGUCAACCAUCUCUGGGAAUCCAACUUCACUCCUCAGAAGAUUGUGAGGUAAUCAAUCACCUGGGGGGGGAAAAAUCCCGGGUUUUUUUUCUUCUGUUUAAUCGAUAUGAUUAUCACUCGAUUUCUAACGCAAAUAAAAAUGAUGAACUUGUUUUCUUUCAAACCAUUUCGUGCUUCAAUUGCAAUCCGGAUGCAGAUUGAAGCCACUUCAGUAAAGUGGGUAGAUUAAUUCCUCUGGAUGGCAAUUAUCUGCAGGGGUUUUGGGCCAUGGGGGCCGGAGAUGGUUCGGAGGUAUACAAACGCGAGAUUUGGUUCAUAUUCCACGGGCAACGUGUUAACCGAAGAGGAGUCUAAAUUGAUGACAGGUGGCUUCAGUUUUUCCUCCUGAACCAUGUUUCCCCGUGGUUUUGUCCUGAUCGCGGUUGUCCCUGUGUUUGACCUGAAGAUUACGUAUACCACACUUUGGCCGCAAAGGCCAGCGGAGAACUCUGCCUCAAGUACAUAUUUUCUUUCGGAGCAUUCGCACGUCGGCCGCUACUGCACAGGUCGGUGGCCAUCCCUCCUGCCUUUUCCUUUCGAAAUCAAUGCAUGGUUCUAAUAACAGUUCGUAAUUGAUUAGAAGAAAUCUCAUGAAAUCUUCCGUGACAAUGUAUGUAUGGGUCCAUGCUCAUCAGGAUUAUCUACUCUUUCAUGAAAAAAAAAGUCAACAUUGUGGCCAUCCAUUUUAUCGAUUCGUUCCUUAAUCCCCCCUCCUUUUCCUUUCGAAGUCAAAGCAUGGUCCUAAGAACAGUUCGUAAUUGGUUAGAAGAAAUCUCAUGAAAUCUUCCGUGACAAUAUAUGUAUGGGACCCCACCCAUGUUCAUCAGUAUUUUUUACUUGUUCAUGAAAAAAAAGUCAGCGUUGUGACCAUCUAUUUUAUUGAUUCUUCGCUUAAUCCCGCACAUUUUCCUUCGAAGUCAACCCGUCGUUCUAAUAACAGUUCGUAAUUGGUUAGAAGAAAUCUCAUGAAAUCUUCCGUGACAAUAUAUAUAUAUAUAUAUGGGCCCCAUGUUCAUCAGGAUUAUUUACUUGUUCAUGGAAAAUAAAUAAAUCGGCGUUGUGGGAUCCAUUUCCAUUUUAUUGACUCUUCGCGUAAUCCCUCUGACUGAUUGAUUAUUCGCCUCCAAUGGCAGCGCCUCCGAUUGGAAGGUGCCGACGACGGUCAUCUACGGGUGCGAGGACUGGAUGGACUAUCAAGGGGCGCAACGGGCCAGAGAAGACAUGAAGGUCCCCUGCGAGAUCAUCCGCGUUCCCCAGGUCAAACCUCCUCAUCUCUUCUUCUUCUUCUUCUUCUUCCUCCUGAGCUCGGCCUCACGGCGGGGGCGCUACUUGCAGGGGGGGCACUUCGUCUUCAUCGACAACCCCUCUGGGUUCCACUCCGCCGUUCUCCACGCCUGCCGCAAGCUCCUCUCGCCGGACCUCGACGCUCAGUCCCUCCCCCCUGGCCUGAUUUCUGCCUAG